ACCCCAUCCCCCCCCACCGAAAGAACCUACCCCACCUGGUUCUUCUUCCAAAGGAUAAAACGCUGGACCAACGAGCAACUCGACGCUCUCAACAUCAGCUUCCACGAGGAAAUCCCUCCGAACACCCUAAUCAGCAACAACUACAACCCCACCAGAAAAGACAGAGAAGCCUACGCCAACCUCCUCAAAGCCUUCACCGAGCCAACCGAGCUCGACAUCUCCGAAUACAACCCCACCUCGACGAUGAUGAGAAACAACAAACUGCAGAACACAUUCCAUCUUCUAUCUAUGAUGUGGGAUAUCGCAGUCAAGGGAGAGGCCAUGCCUUUCACCACUGAUCUUCUCCUCGAUCAACUGGGGAGGCCUCUCGAAGUAUUCAGUGAGAAUUUCCUCAUCGACACAGAACCCAUCCCCUUCCACCUCCGCAAAUUCAACAUGAACGGCAAACUCCACUGCAACGGAGGAAUCUACCACCUAUCAGACGAUAAGAGAAACCUUCCUUUGGUUGUUUUCGCUAAAAAACACCGCCCCUUCCACCUCCGCCCCCCGACCACCACCCAAAAACACGAAAUCUCGCACGUCCUCCUCCCCAUCACCAUGGACUACGACCACGGGCUCCGACGACCAAACUACACCGGCUUCUGUAUCUGCGUCUACGGAACCGAAUACCAGAUCACACGGGCGGACGCAUCCCGCACUUACUUCGAGGAUCUAUGCCACGGACGACCCACCAACGAGAAACUCGUGGUGAAUCAAACCGUCGUGUAUGAUUUGAUGUGGAAGGAGGAUCGAAGGGCGUUUUUGGAGGUUUUUGUCGGCAUGUGUUCGUUUUUG